AUGGACUGUAUAUCAAUCGAGAUUCUAUCUUUAAUCGCAUCAGCUGUCGCAUCAUCCGGACCACAAAUUGACCUCGACAAAGCCUACGAUGUGUGGGGUCUCCAUGACAAACCCAAGUUCCCAGGAAACGGAAAACCACAAGAGAAUUCUCUGGCUCCAUAUGCGGCAGUUUCUCGCGACUGGCAACUCGCUUUCGAGCCAUUCACGUUCCACACACUUGUUCUCUCACCAAAACGGAUAUUACAGGCCGAGAGACAAGGAUACCUCACUCGGAGACGGCUGAAGUAUAUCCGGAACAUCGCUGUUCCUAUCACAUUCCCUCUACCGUGGCCAUGGGACGUUCCAAUUGUUUUCUCCCAAGUAGGAGAAUGGCCUCCACCGUCUGAAGCAGAGGAUUACAAAGUUCCAAAACUAAUCGAAGACGACGAGUCCGUUGACGAAGACGAAGCUGCCUGGCAAGACGUCGAAAAAGUCGACGAAGACAAAGACAUGGGCGGUUAUGGUUUUUACUCCGACGAAGAUGACGAGCUACAACCCCCAGAAGAAAGAGGGUACGACAAACUAUUCACGUCAAUCAUCAGAGCACUUUUUCGGAUAUUGAGAAUGGCCCCUGUGCAAGAAAACGGGCAUCCGUACAUCGAUCUACGGCUUGGUUUUCCGGUUCCUAGAGAAUAUGGAUGGUGUUUUGCAGAUAACAUUGAAGAACCAGAAGCCGAGCGUAUAGAGGCGGGUUGGUGCAAGGCUCUCUAUUUCGAUCUGGGUCUCAGUAAGGAUGAUCUGCCAGAGUUGCCGGUGAUAGCUUCAUGUCGUUUUGAUCUUGUUUCUUGGAGCCUCUUUAUCACGCCAGAGGCAGCCUGCACAAUAGCCAGCAAGAUGCCACAUCUCCGAAGGGUGAAAAUGUAUUUGAGCGAUAUGGAGAGCAAGAACCCGGCCCUGAGAAUCGAAUUGAGAGAAGGCUUUGCAAGGUCGUUGUCUUUGAUACCACAAACGGUGUUUGAUUUCGAGGUGCACUACCCUAGACGAAUUCCUCGAGACCAUUCGUAUACUGCUACGAGUAUCAUACCAUCAAGUGAAAAACACGAUUUUCUCAGCCAAGCACUCUUCAACUUCUCGCAACGAGAGACCUUGAUACGAUUUUCAGCAAAGGGGAGCUUUGAUCUGAGCAUUAUGGGAGCAUCCGAAACGGUAUCUGCAAGCCCUGGUUGGCCAAAAUUGGAAACCUACGAGAUUGGCUUACUGGUCGUCACACCGGCUGGACAGUGGCUAGCUGUUCCUUUCACCGACAGACCCAAUACCGAUGAUUUCCGAGACGAACGAUGGGGUGCACCUAGUGAAAACCCGAGGAGCUGCCUCUCCAUGUUCGACACCAAUGAGUUUAGAGGUCCGAUUGACGCAGAUUACGCCCAUCGUCUUCUGUGCACUGCAGGGCGAGCAGCAUCACGCAUGCCCCGUUUAAGAAGGAUGGACAUUAAUGUUGGUGUUGUUGGUGGGUACAAAGUAUGCUACACAAGCAAGAGAGUCAAUCCGUGCAUGAGAAUCGUUGGGAAGAAACUUCAAGCGCCCACUGACGAGCUACUGCAUGUCUGGCGGCGGGUGGCUCAAGAACGUGAUCAACAAUUUUGUCUUGAAUGGAGAGACACUGCCAAAGCGAAUAAGAGAAGGGAACUUUUCAGUUGA